CUCACCAGGAACGCGCUAUUUGUGGCGAUAAGAUUAGUUGCAAGAUGAGCAAGACAAUGAAUAGACUCCUUUGGAUGAUUUUAUUGUGUGUACUAUUUUUUUCUAUUAGUUUUUACAUCACUAAUCGUGAAUACGUGGAACAUAAAUACAGUGAUGGUUCACCCGACCAAUAUAACUCUCCGAGUGAUUUUGAGGGCUUUGACAACGAAACGGGAACAAAGAAUGGAUGUUAUAUCGUGCCGAAUUAUGUUCAUUUUAUCCGUUUCGACCAAGCGACAUUCUCUUUCGUUGACUUGGUGUGUGUUUUAGCCGCAUUGAAGAACCAACGGCCUGAGAAGAUAUUUUUCCACACGAACGUGCCAGCGUUUCGUGGAAAAUACUGGGAAUAUCUCCUGGGUCAGAAACGGUUCAAAGACGUUCUCCAACUUCAGUUUAUGGAAGUGCCCAAACAUGUAUUUGGACAGCGUUUCGCCGACGGCUGGGUCAAAUUCCACGCAGGAGAUAUAGCCCGCUUAAAAGUUUUGAUGAAAUACGGAGGUAUAUUUUUAGACAACGAUAGUUUCAUAGUUAAAAGUUUAAACGAGUUCAGAAAAUUCGAAAUGACUCUGGGAUGGGCGAAGAACGGAAACUUAUCAAAUCAGGUGAUACUAGCUAAUAAAAACGCCAGAUUCCUUCGAGAAUGGUUAAAUUCUUACAAAGGAGCAUACAACAAGAAAUCGUGGUUUUACAACGCUGGGAUCAGGCCUACGCAAGAGAUACUCAUGAAAAGACCAGAGUUGAUACACAGGGAAAAAAAAUAUUUAGCUGAAUUCUAUGGAAUAGUUGAAAACCUGUAUCUCCUCAGAAAUGAGAAAUGGAAAAAUCAUUACGCGAUUCAUCUACUCAUAAGACACCAAUAUAUGCUAAAGAGAAAUAUUUCAGCCAAAGCCACUUAUCCGGUAGUAUUUGAUGAAAAUAAUAUCAAAAACUAUCCAAUAAGCUUUCGAGACAUGGUCGCUUCAGUAUAUCCAUUAUAAAUAAUCGCAGAAAAUUUAUCAAA